AUGGAAGAACGCGAAUAUGUAAUAGAUAAAAUGAAAGAAAAAUUGGACGACUGCCGUUUAUGUUUCAGCUCUACCAAUGUAACAGUACACAUAGGACAGCAUGUUGACAAAAAUACAUCAAUUGUUGAAAAAAUUCAAUACUGUACUUCACUAAUCGUGACAGUGAAUGAUGAUUUUCCUCAGAAUAUUUGUGUAACUUGUGCUGAAACCCUAGAUUUAGUCUACAACUUUAAAAGUAAAGCAAUAGCAUGUGAUCUGGAAUUAUCAAGGAACGUGCACAAGGACACACAUUUCACUUAUGUUCAAGUAUCAGAUGAUCCAUUAAAUAUUACAUACAAGUUAGACUUGGAAGAACAAGAUUCUUCAGCUGAUUUAUUUGAUAGUUGCUUAUACAAUAUAGUUGAUGGUGAUGAACUAACAAUUGAACCGGUCACAGUUGAUCCAAAAAGCACACCUACUGUACACAUUGAUGAGAAUGCAAGUACAAUGAAAGAAAUCAUGAAUAAUGACAACAAAAAAUCAAAUAUUAUUGUAAAAAAAUUGAAUGGGAAUUUGAACAGCUAUCAAGGUUCAAAAACUAACAAUCAAAAGAAAAGUACAUCAGUUGAUUUAAAACGAAAUGCAGAUGUUUCUUUAUUUGACAGUGAAAAACGUAAAUCAAAAAAAAUAAAAACUGAAAAUGAAAUGGACAGUGAAAAACCAUUGGUUAUUGUUAAAAAUGGUAAAGUUGUAUAUAUUUGCGGUGAAUGUAAUUAUGAAGCAGAAUCAAUGAUGUUCCUAGUCAGUCAUCGAGCUCGCUUUCAUUUAGACAUGGGUAAUUUCAAGUGUUCAGAGUGCCCAACUUAUUACAAAACUUCAGGGCUGCUUAAGCGACAUAUGUCAAUGUAUCAUAAUGUUACCCAUAUUUGUAAAUAUUGUGAAAAAAGAUUUUCAAACAAACAAAGUCUUGAUCGUCACACCAAUUGCCAUCAUAAUGAAACUCCAUUGGAGUUUCAAUGUGUGACAUGCAAUGCAUAUUUUGAUACCAUGGAAAAAAUGGAAGACCAUUUGGUAGUACAUUAUACAAGUAAUUCAAAUACAUUUAGCUGUAAUCAUUGUGAUCGUAUGUUCACCACAUACGCAGCAAAAAACAAACAUAUUGAUCUUGAGCACAUGAUUGAAAUUGAGUGUGGCAUUUGCCACGUUGUCUUACCGACUAAAGAAGCAAUGGAUAAACAUAAUAAUUCUGUACACCCACCUAAGAAAAAAGAAAACAAAAUGUAUGAGUGCACUACGUGUGGAAAAUAUUUUUCUGGUAUAAAAGAAGUUUUAAUUCAUAGAGAAACUCAUUUAUCCAAAAAUGUAUAG